AUGACGGUGCCUGCGCUGGCCUGGCAGAUUGGUUGCUUCUUCGGGUUUUUAACCUGUACUACUCCCCCUGGUGAAUGGCCGGAAACUCCAACAGUUAUCUCUUCUGGGCCUCCAACCAGCACUGCAACUAGUAUUACUACGAGUGUUGCUACUACUACUACUACUACUACUACUACUAGUAGUAGCAUUACCCCCACGGUCACUACCACCCUUACCACCGGUGUUACGAGUACUAGCUCGACGGCCGGCUCGACGAGCAUUCUUCCAUCUGCUACGGGCACAAUCGCUGCCAACAUCCUGGUGAUUGCUCGGGAUUCUAGUCAAGCUGGAGUUGCGUCUUCUGGUCUCAAUGCAUACGGUAUUCCGUUCACCACCCUUCUGGUACCCCAGUCGGGUGUUCAGCUUCCCACCCUUAACUCCUCUUCUGGAGGAAACUUUGGAGGGAUCGUGGUUGCGGGCGAAGUGAGCUACGACUAUGGCAAUGACACCUGGUCCAGUGCCUUGACCGACGACCAAUGGAACCAGCUGUAUGCCUAUCAGCUUGCAUAUGGAGUGCGCAUGGUGCAAACCGAUGUCUACCCCGGCUCCAAGUUUGGAACCACAGCUGUAACCGACGGCUGCUGCGCUGAUGGCGUUGAGCAAUUGAUCUCCUUUUCUGAUGUGAGCGAUUUCCCGACUUCGGGGCUGAGAACCGGCGCUGGAGUGACUACAGAAGGGCUUUGGCAUUAUCCGGCCUCGAUCAGCGACAGCAGCACGACCAAAGCAAUUGCUACCUUUGCUGCCAAUUCCGUGACCAACACCGAAUCGACAGCGGCGGUGAUCAACAACUUCAACGGACGGCAGCAAAUGGCAUUCUUCAUCUCCUUUGACACCACCUGGAGUGCCACCUCUAAUUACCUGCAGCACGCAUGGAUUACGUGGGUUACCCGGGGCUUGCAUGCAGGAUAUCGCAGAGUCAACCUCAACACCCAGAUUGAUGACAUGAUGCUGCAGACAGAAAUGUACCAAUCCACCACAGACAUCUUCCGAAUCACUCCUGCCGAUAUGGACGGGAUCAGUAGCUGGCUCCCAACCAUCCGCGCCAAGUUGAACCCUGGCAGUAGCUACUUCGUUGAGAUCGGCUACAACGGCAACGGAAACAUCGAAGCAGGCACGCGAGCCCUCGGUUACGAUGUCUGCACUGGCGGGGGGAUUGAGUACGACAUUCCCGCAUCUACUGCGGCCGAGUUUAGGAAGCCUCUUGGUACUGGCUCCAGCGUCUGGCCGACGACUCCCGCUUCGUUUAACUGGUCGAGUACCUGCAUGGCCUCGGACAAUCUCCUGGCUUGGUUCCAGACCCAUGGCAGCGACUACGGCCAUCUGUCGCACACGUUCACCCAUCUCUCCCAAAACAAUGCGACUUACUCCGACAUUAGCAAGGAGAUCUCGUUCAACCAGGCCUGGCUCCAGCAGGUUGGGAUCUCCUCAUUCAACCAUUUCACUUCCAACGGGAUUAUCCCCCCCGCCAUCACGGGACUGCACAACGGGGACGCGCUCCAGGCCUGGUGGGACAACGGCAUCACCAACUGCGUCGGCGACAACACGCGGUCGGCGCUCCUCAACCAGCAGAACCCCAUGUGGCCAUACUUCACCAACGUGGCUUCGGAUGGGUUUAAUGGAAUGCAGGUGAACCCGCGGUGGUCGACGCGCAUCUUCUACAACUGCUACAGCCCAGCCUGCACAGUCCAGGAAUGGAUUGAUACAUCCGCGGGCAGCGGCAAUUUCGACAACUUACUCGCAACUGAGCGACAGGAGACAAUGCGCCACUUCUUUGGUCUGUACCGCGACGGAUACAUGUUCCACCAGGCCAAUCUCCGCAACGCAGACACCACUCCCAUCACGGUCAACGGCGAGACGGGGCAGUACUCGAUCUUCCAGGCGUGGGUUGAGACCCAGGUCCAGGAAUUUGUGAGACUAGUGACCUGGCCCGUCGUCACGGCCACUCACCAGCAGAUGUCCGACUACUUCCUUCAGCGCUACCGACGCGACCAGUGCAACUACUCUCUCAGCUACGUGAUCUCCAGUGGCCAUAUUACCGGAGUGACGCUCUCCGCUAACAGCAACACCUGUGGCGCAACUAUCCCUAUUACUUUCCCGGAUGCGCCUGCUGAUUCCCACGGCUUCACCAGUGAGCAGUUGGGCAGUGACCCCGUGACGGUGUGGGCCCAGCUCUCGGGUUCCCCGGUGACAUUUACUCUUUCUACUCCUAUCGCCUUGUAG